UUGAUUUUUGUGCUCACGUUCCAUUAAACGCUGCAGCCAAGAGAGAUCUUCCCUUUGCAGUUUGUGGUGGUGCCUCCAGCAUAGGCAGAAAAUGAGGCAGCUGCAGGAUUCCGUGGGGCUCCAAUAGGGCUUGUUUUCACAUCAGAAGAGCUAAGAUGGCAACAGCAGAGUAGCCAUGGGAGACUGGCAUUUCCUGGGAGGCAUUCUGGAGGAAGUGCACAUCCACUCCACCAUGAUCGGCAAGAUCUGGCUGACCAUCCUCUUCGUGUUCCGGAUGCUGGUGCUCGGGGUGGCGGCGGAGGAGGUCUGGACCGACGAGCAGGCCGAGUUCGUCUGCAACACGCAGCAGCCCGGCUGCCGCAACGUCUGCUACGACCUGGCCUUCCCCAUCUCCCUCAUCCGCUACUGGGUGCUGCAGGUGAUCUUCGUCUCCUCGCCCUCGCUGGUCUACAUGGGGCACGCGCUCUACCGGCUGCGGGCCCUGGAGAAGGCGCGCCAGCGGAGGAAGGCCCAGGCGCGGCGCGGGGCGCUGGAGGCGGCGGCGGCGGCGGCGGGGGGCGCCUCGGAAGAGCAGCAGCAGCGCCGCCGGCGGCUGCUGGAGCGGGAGCUGCUGCGGCAACAGCAGCCGGAGCCCAGGAAGCCGCCGCCGAGCCGGAGGGCGCCGCUGCGGGGCUCGCUGCUGGGCACCUACCUGGCGCACGUGGCGACGCGCUCGGCCCUGGAGGUGGCCUUCAUGGUGGGCCAGUACCUGCUCUACGGCUUCCGCCUGGCGCCCCGCUACCGCUGCCAGCGGCCGCCCUGCCCGCACGUGGUCGACUGCUUCGUCUCGCGGCCCACCGAGAAGACGCUCUUCGGGCUCUUCAUGCAGGCCAUCGCCUCCCUCUCGCUCGCCCUCAGCCUGCUCGAGAUCGCCCACCUGGCCCUCCAGAGGCUCCGCCAUCGCCGCCGCCGCCGCCGCCACGGCCCCCGCCAGCCGGGGGGCGCCCCCAGAGCCUCCGCCGUGGAGGGGCACCCUCGCCUCGGGGCGGCCCCCCUCGCCGCCGCCCUCCUUCCGCCGGCAGCGGCGGCGGCGGCUGCUGCUCCCCUCCGCGGCGGCUCCCCCUGCCUGGCCGCCGAGAGCCGCUCCGGGACUGGCAGCAGCGGCUGGGAGGGAGAGGCGGAGGCGGAGGGCGCCGCCCAGGGAGAGCCCCGGCCGCCCCCCGCCGGCUCCCAGCGCCCCCGAGGAGGAGAGGGAGGGGCAGGCGGAGGAGCCCCGGCCGCCCGCCCCGGCCGCGACAGUGGCAGCCCCGCGUUGGCCUUCGGGGGCCGGUGGGCGGAAGGAGGAGCUGCCGGCGGAGCCCGCUUCUCUCUGGCCGAGCAGCAGAGCCCCGGCGCGCCGCCCGGCAGGGCCAGGAGGGCCGGGCGGCAGGAGGCGGCUGCCGCUCCCCCCUCGCGCCGGGGCUCCGGCGGCGGCGGCGGCCACAGGCGGGCGGCCACCGACCUCCAGAUCUGAGCCGUGCAGCCCGGCUCC